AUGCCGCCGAAGAAAGCAUGCGACAUAUGCUACAAGAGAAAGAUCCAAUGCUCCAUCCCUGCCCCGAAUUCGCCAUGUAAUUGGUGCAGCCAUCACGACUUGCAGUGUACCUUUGAUCGAGAGGUGCCCAGAGGCUCAAAAUCUAGGGCAACGUCUGGCGAGAUCAAGGCACUAUUGCGUCGUAUUGACCAACUCGAAGGCGCCUUGUUAGCUAGCCACGAUGCGCAAAGAAGCCACCCUUCCCCGGCCAUGACGGUUCCAAUCGCCGAUGCUGGGAGUAGUAGACCGAAUCUUCGAUCAAGAUCGCUUAGUUCAACGUCGCCCGGAGAGACAAUCCCAAGCCAAACCACUCCCUCGGGAAAUGUGUUGGGGCAUCACUGGUACUACCGGGGAAUGCCUAUUCUAUCAGAAAGGGGCCGCGUAUGGAUAGCAUCCAAAACGGGUCAAGCGACGGCAUUGGAGCGCCAUCAUCUGUUUGGAUCUACACUCGGACCUUUUCUUCCAAAGCCCUCCGGAGACUUGCACGGGCUCAAUCAAUUGCCCGAAGAAGAUGUGACUCGACAAGUCUUGGAGUGCUUCCUCCAGUCGCACGCUUGGCUGUUGUUUCCAGUCAUAGAUCGCGUUCUAUUUGAGAGAACUAUCUUGGGGGCCUAUCACGGCAACCAGGACCCAACGACGCCACGGGUAUCCGCAGCUGCUUGCAUUCUAUGUCUUCAUGCGAUAUCCAGUCGAUUGCGAGACGUGCGAGCUCUGGAAAUCGCGGUAAAUGGUGAUCAAUGUGCGGACAUAGCACAGACGUUUUUGCCUUACCUCACUGUUGAGGCCACCGUAGAGAGCCUUCAAGCUGUUUUGAUGCUGCAAGAAUAUAGGAGAGUCAGCGGACGAUGGCAAAAUGCAAACAUGUUGCAUGCUUUGGCGUGUCGCAUGGUUUGCGAACUCAAAGGUCACAUUCAACUUCAACAUUCUGCCUCGUCUUUUGGGACGGGCGAUGACGGAAGUAAGCGCCAGAUUGACCACAUUCAACGUCUUUUCUGGAUUUGUUAUACCAGGGAUAAAGACGUCUCACUUCGAUCUGGUCAACCGCCGUCACUGGCUGGAAACUACUGCGACUUGGCACUACCGGAAGACUACAGUUCUUGUUUUGACCACUUCCUGCGAUUGGACAAUGGCAAGGAUAUACAAGCUGAUUCGGCAUGUAUUUUUGAUCCUGUUGCCCCAGGAGAUGUCCGUCUAAGCAUUAUCGGAGAAGAAGCUUUUCGUUUGCUCUACUCGCCAGCGGCCCUGAAAGUGAACGAUACAGAGCUUCUGUUGCGUAUACGGCAACUAGAUGAUCAACUAGAGAACUGGAGAUUAACUGUUCCUCCAGAGUUUCGACCCAGGCUGUCUAUACCGCCAGAUCGACCAUUUCUUCCCCAUACAAAGGAGGCAAACUUCCUGUCGAGUGUCUUUCGUCUACAAUUGCAACUGGACUACCAUUAUAUGCUGACGGCGAUACACACAACAGUGAGGAGGUGUGGUUCCGAGUACUCGGAAUCUGAAAGCCUGCCAGAGGAUCUUCACCUCGUACUUCAUUCAAGCAUCGACCUUCUCUUGGAAGCUAGCCGGUCAACGCUUAUCCUGCUGAAAUUUGCAAUCGAUUUGCUAGAAGAAGAGGCAUUUUGGGAUGUCGUGUUCUAUUCUCCUGUGGCGGUCAUGUCAUUGUUCAUCGAUGUCCUGAUCCAUCCAAACAGCGACCACGCUCAGAGCGACAUGGCAGCAUUAACGACGGCAAUGAAUAUGAUACAAACUAUCCCCGCGGACAAAAUCUCUCCAACUGAGGCUGAGCACGUUCAAGAAAUUGCUGACUUCAUCAUGGAUUGUGUAAGACUUGGCGGCAGGGCGAUCUGGAAAGCAAAGAGGAAUAAGCCUCCUACUCUGGAAUAG